UCAGAAAAUGUAGCCAUUACUGAUAGAUUGCUCUGAAAGAGUUAAAUAAAAAAAAAAUACUAAAAAUUAUUCGACAUUUUGGCGAUGUGAGUCGAAAAUGAGGUUUUUCAAAAAUUGAACCUCGCCACCGACGCAAUCGUUCGGAACCAUCAGCUCCCGGGCUAAAUUUUUCCUCAAAAUUCGAAAAAACCUCGACGGAGAAUAAAAUCUGAAAUCCCGGCGAAUUUCGUUAUUUCCUCGAAACCUGCACGUCAGCAGGGGUUCCACGGAGCGCACGAAGAAAAUGAUCAACACGCGGAGGAGGUACGAGUAUAUAUAAUAGUUUAUGCGAACAACAACCCCGCGGGAGUGCUACAGAUUCAGGAAUAACUCGGGUCGCGUGCUGUACGUGUACAGGUUUGGCAGGAGAUGCGAAAACGCGAAUUCCGAUCGCGUUCGCGUUCGAUUAUCGGAACCCUUCUCGCCCGACAAUAAGUUCAGGCAAACGACGCCCAGCGCACGAUUUCCUCGUCAGAGGGCAAUGAGACGAUCGCGAGAGUCUGGCGAUCCGUUUUAUCCGUUUUCAUUUUUUUCCGCUCACAUUUUAGCCCCCGCAAUUUUUGAGCACGCGCGGUAUUCCACACGGCGUACACGUGUGACGUGCUGCUGUACAUGUUUUCACUUCUUUUUUUCUUUUCUUUUCAAUCGUUUUCGCGCACCUGCCUUAUAUGUUUCCGGUCGAGUGCGUGACCUUAUAAACGCGUGCCAGGAAACACAUCUCGGCGUAACAUUUGCAGAUCUUUACAACGGGAGGAAAAUCGCACGUUGCAUGUCGCUAUUUUUAUUCAUACCUGCAAUAUCAACAGCGUUGCCGCCGCCUCCUUAUCUCCGAGGCUACCGAAGCAAAAUUUUGAAAAGGAUAACAGGUUACGAUUCGGAGGAAAACUGAAACCCGAAUUCCGAGUUUUCCGAGAAAGUUUUCAGAACCGAAUGAGACGGAACUCGGAAGUUCGGCUUGCGGUUGACCGGAUUUUUUAACGAAUUAUGCGAGCAAAAUUUGACCUGCGGUAGGAAACGGAUACAUGUCCGUCAUUAGGUUGGCACGAUUUACAUUCGAAGCCACUGCGCGGUUGAUGUGAUUUUCUCGUUUUUGGAUUAAUUGAGUCGAUAUAACAGCUUUGUGUGUCUACCCUAUACGUUCUCUGGUACCGAAAAUGGGACAUCGGCGUUUGGUUUAGAGCCAGGAAUCAGCGUUUUGUUCAACGCGUACCUACGCUGCAUCCGUGAUGUGAAGUGAGAUUUUAUCCUAGCUCUAGUCAUUCUAUAAUCGACAGAUGAUCGCUAAUUGGUCGAGUUGUUUCGAACUGAUUCAGCGGCGGAACAACAACCGGAAUCGAAAUUUCAACCAUCGGAUAAACUAAACGACAGUUUACCCGCAGGUGGAACAACCGGCCCUUAAUAAAGUUAGUGAAAAGUGACCUUUGUAUGAACCGCAUUAUGAAUACAACAUUAUCACCUAUAUUGUCUAUAGUUAUAUACUUAAGAAUUAUAUCUUACUUGCGUAUAUUUAUCGAAAAUGUUCAGAGUGAACGACACAAGUCAAACGCAACGCGGAAAACACUUUGGCGGCAGAUUUUACUUCGACCGCAAAAAAUUGAACCUUUGACCGAAGAUUUGAACGAUCGAUCCAUUGAUAUACAUAUACAUCAAUCAGUGAUCGAACUUUUUUUUCACCGUAAUGAAGUAGGUGCGGACCGAUUCCGGAAGCAGCCAUUGCGAUAUAUCCCUCUUCGGUGGUAGCUAACCAUCGGCAGGAUAAAGAGGGCCGUGGAGCAACUCGUGCCCGGUAAACUGUCAAGUGAUACUUAUUCGAGGGAUAUCUGCCGGUUAGGUGGACCAAAAAAAGGUGGAACAACCGAGCCUGAGAGAAAACAAUUUUUUUUACAAAGUUUAGUGAAAAAAUUUAGCGGUGUAACGAUAUUGUAUUAUUUACAACUAUGGAAUACGUCCUUAUAAAAGACAUACGUCCCGGCCAGAAGAACAUAAACGUGGUGUUCAUAGUUCUCGAAGUUGGCCAACCUGUAAUUACCAAAGAGAACCGCGAAGUUCGAAUGUUCAAAGUUGCGGACAGCACGGCGUGUAUGAAUGUGUCGAUUUGGGAGGAACCGGGUCAACUGUUGGCACCCGGUGAUAUCGUUAGAUUGACAAAAGGCUACGCAUCCGUGUGGAAACAAUGCCUGACGCUUUAUUCCGGCAAGGAUCCCGAUAUACGAAAAAUCGGAGACUUCUGUAUGGUCAUUAACGAACAAUUGAACAUGAGCGAACCUAACCCUGCCUUGGCUGAACAGCCUUUGAAUCAGGGAGGUUUCGGCCCACCCGCUAGAAACUGCAACAACGCAAUAGCGAAUAACGGCAAUGCAGAUAACGCAGCUUUUCCUCCGGGAAGACGAACACCGAGUGUCACGACUCCCGCAACUUCAACAACGACGAGUUUUGCUCCGAGGAAAGGUGGUAACGGUGGUUCCGCGGGUCUUCCUUGGAGAUUGGCGAGAUUUUCCGGAAAAUCGGGGUCGAAGUCCUCAACUGCAGGAAGGGGAGGAUCUCGCGGACGCGGUGGAUACCCAAAUGGAGGAAGAAGCGAUCGCGGAUAACGGGGAGAUCGAAAAAUCGUCCACCCUGUACGUUGUCACGUACGGAAAACGGGACAUCGGCGUUUUGGUCUAGAGCCGCAAGUGCGACGCGUAUACAUACACUAGCUGCAUCUGUGAUGCGAAGUGACAUUUUAUCGUAGCUGUAGUUAUUUUAUAAUCGACAGAUGAUCGGCUAAUUGGUGCAAUUCAUUGUCUAUAGUAUCGUAUAAAAAUGUUACGUACACGCGUGCGAGAACAAACGUUAGGAUCGUACAAUUUCGCUCCGCUCGCAAUACGAAUGUUCUGGAAUAGAUUUUAUAACCUACUUUGCAAAAGAAAAUAAAAAUAAAUUGUACCGAUCUAUA